AUGUCUGUUAAAUCAAGUAUUCGUCAAUCAGGAAUUAUUUCCAGUUUACAACGUAUGAAACACAUAGGAAUCGUCGAUAUUACUACAGUCGGUGCAUGUUUAUGUGCAAAUGAAAUUGUUGCACAAGCAGCAAAGAUCGAUCCAACAGGAAAACAUCCAGAAUUUACAAUGCAUGCUUUUUCCUUUGAUCAAUAUAAUGAUUUCAUCUCUAGAAAAGAUUGGAUUAGUUUGGCCAACAAAAUAUGCGAUUCUAUUAGACUACUGGAGAAAAUUGGUGCUGAUUUUGUCAUUAUUCCAUCAAAUGCUCCUCAUUUCUCUAUUGAUCUUAUUGAAAAGAAUUCACCAUUGAAAGUUGUUAAUUUAAUCAAAAUUGUGGCUGAUGAAUGUCAUAGAAAAGGUUUCUCCAAAGUAUUAGUCCUUGGAAUUAAACUUACAAUGCAAGACGGAUUAUACAAUGAAGUUUUACAAUCGAAGAAAAUCACUCCAAUAAUUCCUACAGAUGAUGUAUGUGAUAAAAUUGAACAUUUAAUAAGAAAUGAAAUUAUCCUAUCACAAAUAAAUUCAACUACAGUAGAAGAUAUUCAACAGGAUAUUAAAAAAUAUGAUUGUGAUGCAGUGAUUCUUGGAUGUACAGAGUUACCUGUUGUAUAUAAUGAAAAAAAUCUUGGCAAACCUGUUAUUGAUACAACUCGUUUACUUGCUCAUUAUGCUUUACAUCUUGCUAUUGAUGAUAAUCUCUCACCAAAAUGA